AUUAACAAUAUGGGUGCAGUAAACUGCUGUUGAAAGAACGAAGAGAGUCAAGGAGCCUCCAAAUCCAUCAGCGACAAGUAUUCUGAGACUACUCAGAAAGGGAAUGAAAUCACAAGUGGUAAAAGAGGCAAGAGAGUUAGAGUCAAGAAAAACGAAGGCAAGAGGGAACCAAGAGAAAGUGAAACUACAGCUAGGUCCGAUAACCUAGGCUCAGAGACCAGUUUAGACCAUACUCAAGAAGAGUCGAAAAUUAGCCAUUCAGAUGAAUUUGAUCAAGAUUCAGAUAGUUCUCAGUCAGGUUCUUUAUUCUCAACAAAUAUGGAGGAGCAGUAUACCAUGCUUAAGGAAGAAAAAUUAAAGCUUAAGAGACAAGAUUGCAUUAAAUUUGAAGAUUCAGAUUAUUCUUCCGAUAGCAGUGAAGAGGAAGGGGAUGAAUUCAAUCAGCAAGAUUUUGUCAAAAUUCAGAAAAGCCUGAUGAAAGAAGAGAGACUCAAAGGGAACAAUCAGAAAAUUUAAGGAGAUUAUUAACAAGCUUUAUUCUGGAAGCAAGCACAAAGAUAACCCAACUGUCAUAUUGCAAAGGUAUCAGAGAUUCCUGAAGAGAUCUACAGAAACAAUACUCAAACAUCUUGGGAUUCAAGGAACAGGGCCAGGAGGAAGACCAUUGCCAAUUAAAAAUGAGAUCCAAGAAUUGUUCAUUAAAGAAGUAGAAUCCCUCAUAAGAGGCAAUAAGAAGAUACCUAAAAAGCUAGCUCAUAGUUUUGCAGAAGAAUUGAAAACCCCAGAGAAGUGUCCAGAUAUGUGGGCUUAUAUACAUUCAAAAUAAAACAACUCAAGUACUAAGAAGAUCAAACAAGAAAAUCACAAAGGAUGAUAUUUCAGAUUCCCAAGACUCAUCUCCUGCUCCAGAAAGUUCAGACGAAAACCCUACCAUCGAAGAGCAGACUAAAACAUGGCAAACCAGUAUAGAGCAAUAAGAAAGUCCCAGUCAGAGUACGAAAAUC